CACAAAAUGGCAGCUUCAGCAUUGUCUUUAGCUCCUCUAGCUCUCCUCAUUCUCCUCAACCUCCAUUUUCACUCUACUUUUGCUGAUUAUGGUGGCUGGAACGGCGGCCACGCCACAUUCUAUGGCGGUGGUGAUGCCUCAGGCACAAUGGGAGGAGCAUGUGGUUAUGGGAACUUGUAUAGCCAAGGGUAUGGAACCAACACUGCAGCACUGAGCACAGCUUUGUUCAACGAUGGCUUGAGCUGUGGCUCUUGCUAUGAAAUGAGGUGUGAUAAUGAUCCGAGGUGGUGCCGCCCUGGAAGCAUCAUUGUGACUGCUACCAACUUCUGCCCUCCUAACUUUGCACAGGCCAAUGACAAUGGCGGUUGGUGCAACCCUCCCCUCCAGCACUUCGACUUGGCCGAGCCUGCUUUCUUGCAAAUCGCGCAAUACCGUGCCGGAAUUGUUCCCGUUGCCUUCAGAAGAGUACCAUGUGUGAAGAAAGGAGGAGUAAGGUUCACCAUUAAUGGGCACUCAUACUUCAACCUGGUUCUGAUCACCAAUGUCGCCGGUGCCGGGGAUGUUCAUUCGGUUUCAAUCAAGGGGUCCAGAACUGGCUGGCAAUCGAUGUCAAGAAAUUGGGGCCAAAACUGGCAGAGCAACUCUUACCUCAAUGGCCAAGCACUCUCCUUCCAAGUCACCACCAGUGACGGUAGAACUGUGACAAGUUACAACGUUGCUCCAGGUAACUGGCAGUUUGGUCAGACUUACCAAGGGGGUCAAUUUUAGAUUCUCAGUAAAAAUAUAUGGUAAAGGAAUUUGUAAAUCAUAUAA